CAUUUUUGGGAUCCCCACCCCAAUUCCCCCCCACCUCCCCCCAUUUUUGGGGUCCCCAUCCCAUUUUUGGGGUCCCCACCCCAUUUUUGGGGUCCCCCACCCCAAUUCCCGUCCCCUUUUGGGGGUCCCGGCCCCGAUGGCCCCCGCGGGGCCCAAACCAAAGCUGUCCCCACCAGGGGCACCUCGAGCACCUCAGCAGCGCCCGCUGCCCCCCACCCUCAUUUUUGGGGAAUUUUGGGGAUUUUCCCCCUUUUUCCCCUCCCCUCCCCCCCCUGCACGGCGCUCAGGGGGGGUCCCCCAAUCCCAGCCCCCAUUUUUGGGGUACCCCCAACCCUCCCCAGCGCCCGAACCAACCCAAAAAUGGGGGCUUUUAACCCAAAAACAGGGGGUUGGAACCCCAAAAUGGGUUUUUUUCAACCCAAAACCAGGGUUGGAACCCCAAAAAUGGGGGCUUUUAACCCAAAAACCAGGGUUGGAACCCCAAAAAGGGGUUUUUUUAACCCAAAAACAAGGGUUGGAACCCCAAAAAGGGGCUUUUUUAACCCAAAACCAGGGGGUUGAACCCCAAAAAUGGGUUUUUUUAACCCAAAUCAAAGCUCUGCCGUUCCCAACCCCUCUUGGGUUGGUUGGGUUGGGGUUUUGUUCCCUUUUUUCCAUUUUCUUCCCCAUUUUUUUCCCCUUUUCCCAUUUUUUUUUCCCUUUUCCCAUUUUUUUUUCCCUUUUUACAUUUUUUCCCCUCAUUCCCAUUUUUCCCCCAUUUUUUACCCUUUUCCCAUUUUCUUUCCCCAAUUUUUCCCAGUUUUUUCCCCUUUAUUUUUCCCCUUUUCCUUUUCCCUCUUCCAUUCUUCCCUCCUUUUUUUCCUCCCCCUUUUCCAUUUUAUUUUCCCCUUUUUCCAUUUCUUUCCCACUUUUCCCCCAUUUUUCGAUUUCUGUUCCCUUUCCCCCCCAUUUUUUCCAUUUCUUUUCCCACUUUUCUCCAAUUUUCUUCCCCUUUUUCCCUUUUUUCCCCUUUUUUUCCCCAUUUUCCCCCCUUUUUUCCCAUUUCUUUCCCACUUUUCCCCCAUUUUUUCCCCAUAUUUUGAUUUCUUUCCCCAUUUUCCCCGCUUUUUUUCCAUUUCUUUUCCCUUUUUCCCCUUUUUUUCCCAUUUCUUUCCCCAUUUUUUCCCCUUUUUCCCAUUUCUUUCCCACUUUCCCCCAUAUUUUUUUCCUUUUUUCCAUUUUUUCCCAUUUUUCCCAUUUCUUCCCCCAUUUCCCCCUUUUUUUCCAUUUCUUUCCCACUUUUCCCAUAUUUUUUUCCUUUUUUCCAUUUUUUCCCAUUUUUCCCAUUUCUUUCCCCAUUUUCCCUCCUUUUUUUCCCAUUUCUUUCCCCCAUAUUUUUUUCCCUUUUUUCCAUUUUUUCCCCAUUUUUCCCAUUUCUUUUCCCAUUUUUUCCCCUUUUUCUCAUUUUUUUCCCCAUUUUUCCCCUUUUUCCCAUUUUUUUCCUUUUUCCCAUUUUUCCCCAUUUUUCCCAUUUCUUUCCCCAUUUUCCCCCCUUUUUUUCCCAUUUCUUUCCCCAUUUUUUCCCCUUUUUCCCAUUUCUUUCCCAAUUUUUCCCCCUUUUUUCCCAUUUCUUUCCCUAUUUUUUCCCCUUUUUCCCAUUUUUCCCCCUUUUUCACAUUUUUUCCCCCUUUUUCCCAUUUCUUUCCCCAUUUCCCCCCUUUUUUUUCUCAUUUCUUUCCCCAUUUUUUCCCCUUUUUCCCAUUUUUCCCCAUUUUUCCCCAUUUUUCCCAUUUCUUUCCCCAUUUUCCCCCCUUUUUUUCCCAUUUCUUUCCCCAUUUUUUCCCCUUUUUCCCAUUUUUCCCCAUUUUUCCCCCUUAUUCCCAUUUUUUUCCUCAUUUUCCCCAUUUUUCCCAUUUUUCCCCAUUUUUCCCCAUUUCCCCCAUUUCUCCUCCCCCAUUUUUUCGGCUGACCCAAAACUGUAGGAAUUUUCUAAAAAAAAACAAAAACCUCCAGGUGGCUUUACCCUGUAAAUAUCUAUUUUUUAAACCCGACAGAUGAAGAACAAAACGAGGAUGUGCAAUACCCCCCACCCCCAUUUUUCCCAAAAUCCCCAGAAUUUCCAUGGAUUCGCUGUUGUCUUUUUUAAUUUUAAUUUUUUUGUCGUUUUUUGAGGUUUUUUUUGAGGUUUUUUGAGGUUUUUUUGGGGGGUUUUUUUGGGGUUUUUUGUGAGGUUUUUUGGACUCUCUUUUUCCGGGUUUUUUCCCCCAAAAUUUCCCCCUUUUUUUCCCUUUUCCCGGGGUUUUUUGUAUCUGUAAGAUAUUGUAAUUAAUGAUUUGUUGUUAAUGAGAUCUGCUGUAAGUUUUGUACUGUACUGGCUGAGGUUCCAAAUAAACCGGAAUAAUUUAAUGGCACCCGCCACUGUCCCCACCCUGGGGACAAUUGGGGACAAUUGGGGACAUUGGGGAC